CAAAAGAAAGUCACUCAGAGCGAGAUCAGGUGAAUAGGGAGGGUGGGGCACAGGCAUCAUGCUGGUUUUGGUCAAAAACUGCUGAACACUCAGCGCAGUGUGGGCAGGUGCACUACAAAAAUCACCCAUCAAGAAAUGGACAAACACGUUGAAACAGUCUUCAAAAAAAAUUCAGUGAAGCCAAAGCAGCCUCUUAUAACAACACCAGCUAGUACACCAAUACAGAUGGGUUCCUAGAACACUCGCCUAGUGGGGGAAGCCUGUACUACAAGGGGCCCGACCUCCAGAAGAUGAUAAUUCUAGGGGCUUUUUAGGGGUCCCUCCUCGUAAUUUCAAUUCUCUCUGACUCUAUUAAGCACCUCAUUCUACACCCUCUCCAUUUUCCCUAUGAAACAAAAUAAGGACUGAGCCUUUGAAGGGCUUUCUGCAAACAAAAAUGGCUUUGGCCAGAGAUUUCUACUGGCGCUACUAUGUCAGGCACAAGGGCAAGUUUGGACACGAGUUUCUGGAAUUCAAGUUCUGGCCAGAUGGAAAACUUAGAUAUGCCAACAACAGCAAUUAUAAAAAUGAAGUCAUGAUCAGAAAAGAGGCUUACACACACAAGAGUGUAAUGGAAGAACUGACAAGAAUUACUGAUGACAGUGAAAUUACCACAAAAGAAGAUGAUGCUUUGUGGCCUCCCCCUGACAGGGUUGGCCAACAGGAGCUUGAAAUUGUAAUCGGAGAUGAACACAUUUCUUUUACUACAUCAAAAAUAGGUUCUCUCAUUGAUGUAAAUAAGUCAAAGGAUCCCGAAGGCCUUCAAGUAUUUUACUAUUUGGUACAGGACCUGAAAUGUUUAGUUUUCAGUCUUAUUGGAUUACAUUUCAAUAUUAGACAAUCUAAAUUAUAUGUUUUUGAGGCUAUUUUUAUAUUUAAUUAAGGGAUUGGUAAGGGGGGUUGUCAUUCACAAUAUCGGGAUUUUUAUGUAUGUGAAGCAAACACAUUUUUUGUAUGCAAAUUGAAAAUAAGAAAAUAUAUAAAUAGGCUUAAUGGUUAUCUUCACUUGUGCCCAAGUGGGUUGGACAGUGCCCAUACACAUUAAAUUCUGUAAAUAAAAGACACCUUUUGUUGAAAUUUUGCUGCAAUAAAACUUAUCACAACCUGGAAAAAAA